AGUGGAGACAUGAAACUCACAACUCAGCAGCAGCUGGGGUCAGGAGAUGGGGAUGGGGAAGGGGCAGUACCUCAGGCAUUUCCUUUCCUCCGAGUCUCAUGACAAGACACAGAUGAAUAGCAGAAUUAAUUUUUGGUCCACUUUUUCAUUCCACUGGCUAAAUUUUGGGCCAGCAUAAAACAUGUCGUGAGAUCCUGUGCUCUGGCCCUUCCUUCCGUAAACAAUGGUUGCUUUUUUUAUGUUUAGGUUAUUAAAUCCAUGUCGUUUUUUUACCUUAAUGAAAAAAUGCCAUUUUAAAAGGGAAAAUUGAGAAUGUCUCUAUUGAAAAUGCCUAAAUGAAGUGCUGCAAUGUUGCCAAAAAAUUACUCCUGUGCUCUUUCAGAGUCAUUCACAAAUGUGAUCAGGUGUAUCUUUGGUCCUUCCAGAGCUCAGGUUUUCUGUGAGCGUCUGUUGGAAGCUGGAGGAGUGGGUGUGAGGCUGCUGCAGACCUGCAGUGUUCCUGCUCCAGCAGGCACAGGUGUCCCCGGGCUGAAGCACUAUCUGUCAGCUGGCUGAGGAGCUGGGGAAACUCAUCACCUUCUGGUGUGCCCACCCUGUCCCAGAGCAAAGCAUUUUAACUUUGCUCCUCGAAAGGUCAGAGGCAAUGGAAGGGCACUGCAGAGCCUUCACGUAGCAGGGCUUUGCAAAUAACUGAUAAGACAAACUGGAAAUGAGAAUAAAAGAGGCUGCACCUUUUGCCAGAGUCCUUUGGGCUAGAUUUUAGCUCUGUUUCUUCACCAGGUGUUCAAGGAACAGACUGGGAAAAUGGCUUAUUGUGCCUGUAAAGUACACUGGGGUUAUAGUGAAUUAGGGGUAGCUCUCUGCAGCUUGUUCAGCCUCUCCCCUGGUCUCCACCUCCUUAGAGUAGCCUAAUGAAGAUUUCCCACUGCCUCCCAAAAAUGUAUAAACAAAUAACGCCUCUGAGAGCCCAGCCCAGGAGGCAGAAGGGAAGUGAUUACCUAGUCAAUAAUUGUUCUGAAUGUCUUCAAAUUGUGCUGCUUUCUGUAGGGUCAGUCAGCUAGCAUCCCUGCAACUGUCUGUCCCUGGAGCCGAGGCUGAAGGUGUGAGUGCUGUCUCUCUGGUUCACACGGCUGUAGUGCGGUCACUGGCCUGACGUCAAAUUGCAGAGUUUGAGACAGGUUUUAUGCAAACUCCCUGCCUGGAUCUGUCCUUGCUUAUUGCCUAGAAACGAGUAAUUCCACUUGCAGGAAUAAAAAAGCACUGAUUUAAGAAAACUGAGAAUAAUUAUCCUCUGUAAAAACUGGAUGUCAUUGCUUGCAUCGACAUCUUAGGAGCUAUCUUGGAAAGCUGUGCUAUCUCUCCUCUCCGGAGAGGUGCCCGAAACCUGGCUUUGCUGUUCGUGGGACGCCCAGCAGCCUGUGAGGAGGAGGAGGCACAAGCAUGCCUGUACUGUAGGGAGGGCGUUGUUGAAGGAAUGUUACCAGUUUAUGAGAAAUGAGCCAAGGUCGGGAGGACUAGACCUGCUAGAGGCAGCUAUAAGCAGGAGCAGAGCCGGAGGGAGCUUGUGGGGCACUUAUGGCUUCCUUGAGCUUUGUUUUCUGAUCCUUUUGUAGGGAUCAGAAGUGAGGAGCUUCAGGAUGUUUUUGGUUCAGAACUUGAGCUCAGCUAUACUGUUUUGAUUACAGUUUUAUUUAACUCAAGGGAGGCUAUCAAGAAGGUGGUUGGCUGGAUCAAUAGUAUAUGGUGUAAAUAUCCUUUAAAUGCUAGUAUGCUGGUCAAUUUAAAAUCUUCAGUAAUAAGAUAAGGGUGACUUCUGCAUCGUGAAAAGCAUAAGAUCAAUAUGUAACUAUAGUCACAUGUGCCAGUAAUCAUCUGGCACAGCUUUUAUUGCAUGGACUUUGGAUGUAUUGUUUAGGGGAAAUUGUUCAGAAAUGUUUCUAAUGGAGAUUAAGCGAGAAAGAAUUCUGUGCCAGUUAGGCAGCAACACACUGCUUUGGUAUUUUGGGGUUGCUCUUUUUUCACUUAUUUUCUUUUUUCUUAUUUGCUUACAUCAUACAGACUAAAUAUGUGUUUUAAAUUUUAAAGCUGAGAUUCUACAGAAUUUAACAAGUGUAUCUGUCGGCUUCUGUGCUGCUGUGAAUGAAAGUUUUAGUAACAGAGUAAACAUGUAAGGGUAUUAAUAUUUUUAAUAAAGUAGCCUGGUUUGGAUUUUACAUAAUUGCUUUAAAAGUCCCUAAAACCCCAGACUGUAUGUAUUAAAGGUCAGUAGCCAGAUGGGGACUUUGUACAGCAGUAGAAUACCAAAAUACCUGUACUUCAGUGUGUUGUUAUUCUGUCUCUUCCUGAUGUGGCUAGAUUGUUAAUACAUUAGGUCAAUAGAUGUCUGUUCAGUACUUCUUUCUCAUUUCAACCUAAAUGCCUGGCAUUCCAAACCAUCUGUGUGUUCACAGUAUAGCUAUUCUUUUUUUCUGGAAAAAUUUCAGUAUUUUCUUCCCUCCCUCCAAAAAUAACACUAAACAAAGCAAAAACUAAAAGCAAUUUUUUAUUCUUCAAAUGUUUGGGAGGAAAAAAAAAUGAGCUAAUGGCUGGCAUAAUUUGGAUGUUCAUACUUUUUAAAAGAAACAAUGUAAGGAAAGUAGGUUUUGUUCAUUUUCAGGCGUGAUGUAAAAAUAAAUACUAAUAAAAAAAAUUCUGGACAGCUGCCUAUGUUGGGAAAUACAUUCUUUCAUAUCGGAGGAAAGAAUGACAACUAGUGAAAGAUAAGCAGAAUAUGAACUCAACUACACUAAAACAGUGGCAGAAGAUCAAGCAGACUUCAAGGGAGUCAGAAUAAGUUCAAAGAGGACUUUAUGAUAAAAAGUCGCUUCCGCUCUGGCAGGUACAGCCAGUCAGUCUGGUUUUCCGCAGGCUUCUGUCAGCAGCUGUUGUCAUGUCAGCAGCUGAAGGUGUGGCUUUUUUCAUCCCACUUCCCUUUUUACGUGGUCUAUGAGUUUUUCUUUAUUAGCAUGUCAUAUAUUGCCUGUUGCCCUACUGGCAGCAGCAGGCUCAAACGGAAAGUUUUUAAGGAAAACUUAGAGUUUCCGAGUUCUGUCAAGCUGUCUGGUUUAGGAUAGUAAUUCCUGAUUUGCAAAUUUUAGUUAACUUGUGAAUUUCAGGAAUCUUUCUGUUUUACAAAGGUGACUUUGAUUUGGGAGGGCUCUUAACUGAAUUCGGAAAGGUUAUAGCUGAAGCAGAGUGCAAACCCAGUGCUGCUGGACUGGCAGAGCUGCCUCGCCAAGGAAAUCCUUGCCCCAACCAAGCACCCAGCAAAGAGAAGGAUGCUUGCUUUUUGCAGUCUUCCAGCCACCAACUGCUAUUCUGCCUUCCAUUCCCUUAGGCUCCUUGGAGUCCUCCCAUUUCCCUGUCCUCCUCUCCCAUCAAGGGACCUGGAGCAGCCAGAUGCCAGAAAACAGGUUUGAAACCAGUCAGCAAAUGUUAUGCAAGUUGAAUUACGGGAGGAGGAGAAGCUUUUCUAGUGCACGUUCUUUCUCAGUGGUGGGGAGAAUUAAAGCCUUGCUGCAUUGACCCCUGGAGUUCACCUCACCGGAAGAAAUGUGACAUCUUUUACAUGUUUAUGUCAUUGGACAGUAAACUGCAGAAAUGACCCUGGGAGUCCGGAAAGCCGCUUUGUCUUCCCAUGUAGUCAUCUUUUGAUAUCCCUACAGGUGGUUUGUUCUGUGUCUAAUAGAAUAUAGUCUGGAGUCCUUUAGACAGUUGUACUAAACAUUGCAGUACAGAUUAGGUUAAGUUUUAAAACCUCUGUAAAAGCAACAAGUGAUGUGAGUUUGAAACCAGUGAGCCAACUGUAAAGCGUUUCAUCAGUCUGGAGUGUCAAAUGGCCACAUACUGGAGAAAGCUGCACCAAAGGGGACCUCCAGGGAACAGUCCAGGAGACAAGCUUGGGUGAGCUGCUUGUCAGAUCAUGACAGCCCAUUAGCAAAAGGAGGGAAAGGUCUCCCAAGGAAGGUGGAAAAAAAUCACAGUGUGUGUUAGUUUUACAUAUUUUUCUUACGUUUACUGUUUGUGUACAUGUAAACCUUCUGUGUUUUGCAUUUUCAAUGUCUGUUCUAUUUCCUGUUAAAUUAUUUCGUGUCAAAGUCUACCAUUUGAUUUUUUGUAGCCCUGAAACUAAGGGUGUUGUUUGUUAUCCUGGUACAGUUUUGUAGAUCUCCAUAAAAGAGAAGGCCCCCUAACUUUCCAACCUGUUAUGUAACUUACAGCUGCAAUUGAUUCAGAGAUGCAUGAGAAGGGGAUAGAGUUCAGGCUUAGAAAUCUGGUUUAAAUGCUUGAUUUAAAAAAGAAAAACCAAACCCACGUUUUUCCAACUAGAAAAUAAUGGCCUACAAAUAUAAAAUGCAGUCAUUUAGGCUGCUUACUGAUGUUUAUGGAGAUCAUUUUGCACAGUGCUGUAGGUGGUUGGGUCUGAUUCAGUAAAACAGGCUAAUAAAAUUACACUCAGCUCCCAGACCAAAGCUUGUCUCCUACAGACUCCGCAUGUGAAGGCAGCCGAUGCUCCCAUAGGAACUGCAUGCCUCAUCCCGACCCACUCAGGCUUGGACCUAAAAAUUCUCUCUGGUGUCGCCCCUGGGUCUGGUGAUGGUUAGUCACAGCCAGCACACUCUAGAACAGUCAGAAAGGAAACCAAGCACCCUGCUUUAAAGGUAUUUUGCUUGAAGCAAGUAAUUUGCCUUUGUUUUCCUCUGGAAUUAGCACUUUUAAAGCUGAGUAAAACAUUGCAGGAUAAUCUACCUCUAUUUGUAGUUUGGCUGCUGAAAACCAACCAAAAAUUCCUUAAUCAACAUCCAUCUUAUCAUUAGCGCUAUAGGAAAGCAAAUAUGUUUUCACAGUCAAGGAGCAAGGAACAGAUGAGCCGUUAGAUUUGUGUUUGUUCAGUACGUCAACAUUUCCAGGUUUAUUGAUGCAUCAAAAUCUUCCCAGUGAGCUGUAAUGAACAGAGGUAUGAGAGUGAGGAAUGUGUUGUAUCGUGUCAGUGUGGCUGGGCAGAGCAAAGCUGAACUGAACGAAACAACACCUAUAGCAAUUGGAUACUUAUGCUUACAGGAAUUAAGCCAUUUUUAACCUCUUGAGAAUGUAAUAUUAUUUACCUCCUAAAGACUUGCCCAGAUUGAAUGGAUUUUAGAAAUUAGAAAAAGGAAGAAGAGUCAAAAGAGGAGAACCCCCCCAAUAUUUUCUAAGUAUCUGCAACUUUCUAAUAUGUUGUUUUGUUACAGGAGCUCUCAGCUGCCCAGGAAUAUGUACCUAGGCUUAAGGGUACGCUAUUUUGCCACAGGCUGUAAAAUUAGAAAUGGACUACAGCAGAGGCUCUUAUCUAUUUUCUAGCUGUAUAUACUUCUAUAAUAGUAAAAUUGCCUUAUAAGGUAUGCAGUUAUAUUCUGCAUAUGAAACAGUGUGGGAUGGGAGACCCAAAAGAUAGAAUUUUUGAAGGUUGUGUAUGAAUCUUGAUGUGUUUAAGAGCGUUAAUGGGUAUUUUCUGAUUGCAAAGAUUGUUGCCUCUGCUCAUGAAAGCGGUGGUGAAACAUCAAUUGCAUCUUUAUAAGAAACAGUGGAGUUUUCAAAGCAAUUUUAAAUGGAGAGCAGCUCACUUUCCUGUGGGUGAAAUGUAACAUCCUGAAGUAAACUGGUCAGAAAAUGGUGGUAAUAUUCACAGUAAUUCCCUGGCUUGUGGUAUUUAAACUUUUAGAGAUACACUUUAUACUGCUCUUCAGUCGGCAGGGGAAAUUAAGGCUUCAGAAAUGGUAUACGACGCUACCUGAUAAAGAGAAGAAAAAGAUCGUUCGAGAAAUUGUUCAGAUUAUUUUGUCUCGCAAUCAAAAAACAAGUAGUUUUGUUGACUGGAAAGAUCUCAAGCUUGUUUACAAAAGGUAUGCCAGUUUGUAUUUUUGUUGUGCAAUAGAAGACCAGGAUAACGAGCUCCUGACGCUAGAGGUCGUUCAUCGAUAUGUAGAGCUUCUGGACAGAUACUUCGGAAAUGUGUGCGAGCUGGAUAUUAUCUUUAAUUUUGAAAAAGCUUAUUUUAUUCUUGAUGAGUUUAUAAUUGGUGGAGAAGUACAAGAAACUUCAAAGAGGUCUGCAGUGAAAGCCAUAGAAGACUCUGACAUGUUGCAGGAGACAGUGGAAGAGUACAUGAACAAGCCUGCAUUUUAAUGUUAAAACUACCUGGAGAACUGCUGUAAGCACCUGUAAAAUGCACUUCCUGAAAUUGCUUCCCCACGUGCCAGAUCCUCAGAGAAGUACCAAAAACCAGUAACUAAAGGGAUUUGUUUGUAUAAUGGUGAAGAUGAAGGUCAGCUAAUGUAGCCCAGGGUUUAACAAUUCUGUACUUGCAUUACUCUGCAUAUGAAUUUCUCAGAGUUGUUAUUACCCUUGAUCUAGUUUCUCUUCUCCUUGCUGGACUAAACACUUGUUUUGUACCGUAUCUUUUAGCUACGGGUUUUGUCAUCAUAAAAUGUUACUCUGACAGUACUUUGUAGAUGUAUUUUUACUAAUUUUGGUCCACUGCUGACCGUAUGACUCUACUUUUGUACAAAUGUCCAUUAUUUUGAAUGUAACUAUUAUUCUGCUCUAAUAAUAAUGUUUUUCUAAAAGCCAAA